AUGGCUUGCAUGAAGCUGGGAUCAAAAUCAGAAGUAUUUCAUCUUAAUGGCCAUACCUGGCUUUGCUCAACUGGGCUUCAGAGUGAUGUCAUAAUUGAAAUUGGGGAGACGUCUUUCCAUCUCCACAAGUUUCCAUUGCUCUCCAGAAGUAAAGUACUAGAAAAUCUUAUUGGACAUCAUUCUAAUGAGGACGAGAAAAAGCGUGUUCUGCAACUUCAUGAUGUACCUGGUGGAUCAAAAACCUUCUUGCUCGUUGCGAAAUUUUGUUAUGGUGUAAAAAUGGAACUCAAUGCAUCGAAUGUAGUCAGUCUCAGAUGUGCUGCUGAGUAUCUUGGAAUGAGCGAAGACUAUGGAGAGGGAAACCUCAUCACGGAAACAGAAAAUUUUCUCAAUGAAGUAUUUGGCGGCUGGACAGACUCCCUUAAAGCUCUUGAAACCUGUGAAGAAGUUCUACCACAAGCAGAAGAGCUUCAUAUUGUUUCGAGAUGCAUCAAUUCCCUGGCAAUGAAAGCUUCUGCAGAUCCAAGUUUGUUCAGUUGGCCCAUGCAAGGAGGCAGCGACAAGAGGAACCCAGAUGGCACCGUAUUCUGGAAUGGAAUACGCACUUCAGCUAAGCCGCAUCCUGUGGGUGAGGAUUGGUGGUAUGAGGAUGUUUCCUUCCUUAGAUUACCUCUGUACAAAAGGCUAAUUCUGGCCGUUCAUUCAAAUGAUAUGAAGCCUGAGAGGGUUGCUGGAGCACUAAUGUGCUAUGCAAAGAGGCAUCUUCCUUUGCUCGGCAGGCAAUCAAGCAUUGAGAGUGGAAACUUUUCUGCUCCAGGAUCAACUAUUUCUGCAACUUCUGAAGCAGAUCAAAGGAAUCUCCUGGAAGAAUUAGUGGAAUUGUUACCUGAUGAAAAGGGUGUUACUCCGAGCAAUUUCCUGCUUAGGCUUCUGCGAACAGCCAUGAUAAUACAUGCAAGUCCAUCAUGCCGAGAGAACUUAGAGAAACGGAUUGGAGCCCAGUUGGAUCAAGCAUCUCUUCAAGACCUUCUGAUACCAAAUACAGGCUACUCAGCUGAAACCCUUUAUGAUAUUGACUGUGUUCAGCGAAUUCUCGAUCAUUUCAUGCUGGUGUAUCGUGAUGAUCCUCCAUCGAAUUACGUAGUAGAUGAAGGACAAAUCAUGGAAGCUUCUCAUUCGCUCACACCAAUAACAAUGGUGGCAAAUCUGAUAGAUAGUUAUCUGGCAGAGGUGGCACCUGAUGUUAAUUUGAAGUUAGCGAAGUUUCAAUCCCUAGCUGCUGUUAUCCCUGAAUAUGCUAGGCCAUUAGAUGAUGGAAUUUACCGAGCAAUUGACAUAUAUCUUAAGUCUCAUCCAUGGCUAACAGAUUCUGAGAGGGAACAACUUAGCAGGCUCAUGAACUGUCAGAAGUUUUCAUUGGAAGCCAGCACUCACGCAGCCCAGAAUGAGAGGCUACCUCUUAGAGUCAUUGUCCAAGUUUUAUUCUUUGAACAACUACGGCUUCGCACCUCUGUUUCUGGCUGGUUCUUUGUCUCUGAAAACCUUGACAAUUCACAAAAUCUAAGUGGGAAUCUUGCUCUUGCCAGAAAUGAUAUGCACUCCCAAGCAGGAGCCGCACAUAGCCGCAUUGUGGUUGAUGACAUGAAAGAGCGAGUUUCUGAGCUCCAGAAAGAGUGCUUGAGCAUGAAACAAGAGAUUGAGAAGCUGGGGAAAACAAAGGUGGGGAGUUGGAACAUCUUGUUCAAAAAGUUCGGUUUUGGUCGAUCAAAGUCAAAAUCUGGGGAUCCAAAAGCAUCAAAACCAACAGAUACCAAAGAAUCACCAACAUCCUCAGCACCACUCAUGAUUGGAGGAGAAAAUCACAAUCAUGAAUUGGUAGAAUGA